GUGUGGGGAGGCUUACAAAAAUGCAUAUACCUAAGGACGUGCCUGAACCUGUCGCGCAUGCGCAAAGUGCUCGGCGACAGACCGUUCAGCUCCUAACGCUAGCGGCUGUUCUGGCGGAAGAAAAAAGGUUGCUGUAAGGAAAGUGCACUCUACACAGGUGUAAAGGUGGAGUGUUGCGGCGGGAUGUUAAUGGCACUUUGACUAAAGAUCUGAGAGGAUAUCCUGAUCAUUCCACUUCUUCACAAACAAACAAACAUGAAAAUAGCAGUGGAAGGCUGCUGCCAUGGCGAGCUGGACAAGAUCUACGAGACCAUUGGCUACCUGGAGCGUAAAGAAGGGAUUAAGGUGGACCUGCUGCUGUGCUGCGGGGAUUUCCAGGCUGUGAGGAAUGAAGGAGACCUGAAGUGCAUGGCAGUGCCUCAAAAGUACAGGCACAUGCAGACCUUUUACAAGUACUAUUCAGGGGAGAAGAAAGCACCAGUCCUGACCAUCUUCAUUGGUGGCAACCAUGAGGCUUCUAACCAUCUGCAGGAACUUCCCUAUGGAGGCUGGGUGGCCCCAAAUAUAUAUUAUUUGGGUUAUGCCGGUGUCGUCCGCUACAGAGGGAUACGGAUUGGUGGCCUGUCUGGGAUUUUUAAAUCACAUGAUUACAGAAAAGGACAUUAUGAGUUUCCACCCUACAACCAAGAAACCCUGCGCAGCGUCUACCACAUUAGAAACAGCGACGUCUUUAAGCUUAAACAGAUCCACAUGCCCAUAGAUGUGUUCAUGACACACGACUGGCCACGUGGCAUCUACCACUACGGGAGCACGGAGCAGCUGUUGAGGAAGAAGAAGUUCCUGCGUGAUGAGGUAGAGUCGGGGACGCUGGGUAGUCCAGCUGCCGCUGAGCUCCUCAAUCACCUGCAGCCCAGCUACUGGUUCUCUGCACAUCUCCACGUCAAAUUCGCCGCCAUGAUGCAGCACGAGGCCAGAGGUAAUGCUGCUCCCAAGACCACGAAGUUCCUCUCUCUGGACAAGUGUCUUCCUCAUAGAGACUUCCUUCAGGUAGUAGAGAUAGCGGACAGACCUGGCUCCUCUGAACAGCUGGAGUAUGACCCAGAGUGGUUAGCCAUCUUGAAGGCCACCACCCGCCUUCAGAAACCUUCACCAAACAUCUGGCACCCACCUGAGAAUAACGGCCUACACACUCGCUGGGACUACAGUGCAUCAGAGGAAGCCAUGAUGGAGAUAGUGAGCGCUUUAAAUGGUGAGCUCAGCAUCCCGGAGAACUUCAGUCCAACAGUGCCCGCUUUUGACCCGUCUCGCCCUCAGCCCCACACCCCCCCAGCCUACUGCACCAACCCCCAGACCACAGAGUUGUGUGCCACUCUCGGCCUCGUCGACGUCUACGCCCUGGCAGGCCAGAGCACACAGAACUCUACAUCCUGGAAAGAGGAAGGAGCGAAGGAUGAAGAGGAGGACGAGGACAACCGGAGCUCAGGUAGCGUGGAUGAACCCAGCGAGUACCCAACAGACACCUCGAUGCUCUUCAACUCUUACAACCCUGACGAGAUCACUAUUGAGGAUGAGUGGGAGGAGGAAGAGGAGGAGGAGGAGGAGAAGGAUGGAGGAGAGGUGAAAAAGACUGGGACGGAUGCAGUGGUUCCCGAGGCUCCAGCAGGAGCACAGGACAGUGAUCGGGACAGCAGUCCACGUCGAGAGGCCGUGGGCAGGCUUGUCUUGCCACCUCCUCGCACAGCAUCAGAAUCAGAUGAGCCCACAGAUUUGCCUCCAACUUCCACACCAUUCUCAGGCUGUUUCACCCAGAUGAGCUCAGAGGAAGAGGGGAGCAUGCCACCAGCAAGAGUGCCCAAGCGCCCUAGUGGAGAAACCAAGGGGUCAUUCAACCCCAUAGGCAACACCCCUAAAAUCAAACGGCGCAACCAGACCAUCUACGCAACAGCUGACGAUGAGGAGAGUUAGAAAGAGAGUGAACAUUUAUAGACUGAUGCAGAUUUAAUUUUUCUUUAACUAAGAGUACUUUUUAGUGUUCUUUUUUUAAAUAAGUUUGUUCAUUUAAGUACAUUUAAACAAAAGCUACCAUUAUUGUGGGACUUUUUUUUUUUUUUUCCCCCUUUUACAUACAAUCAUGGUCAUACAGUUGUAUGAAUCUCUCAGUGUCACUGAGAUGUGUUUAUUGCUCAUGAUAAACAUUUCCUUAUAACUCAUUUGGAUUCUUUAUAAAUCACAUUUAACACUUUGGUUUUUAGAUAAGACUCUCCACUGACGUUCAAGACAUCAUUUCAUCAAGACAUCAUCAUCUACUAUUCAGUUUUAACCUUCACAAUUUGUUUAAAAUACUGGUCACUUUAAUAGGAACACCUGCACAUUUACACACUUAUCUAAGCAGCCAGUCAUGUUGCAGCACAUUAAAAUGCAGUCUUCAGUGGUUGCUGAUAAUAAACACCAGAAUGGGGACAGAGUGUGAGCUCAAGCAGCUUUAAUUGUAACAGGAUUGUUGGUGUCAGAUAGUCUGGUUUUAAGUUUUUCAGAAACUUCUGAUUUCCUGUGAAUUUCACAAACAGUAAUCGAUAGUGGUUACACAGGGUGAUGUGAAAACCAGAAACCAUCCAAGAAGCAGCAGCUCUGAUGGUAAAAGUGCCUUGUUCAUGAGAAGACGUUUCAGCCCAGACUGGUUUAAGCUGACAGGAAGUCUACAGUUGUGGUGUGGCACCUUAAAAACGGUGGUGAAGAGAAAAGCAUCUCAGAAUGCACAACCUCGAGGUGGAUGAGAGACAGCAGCAGAAGACCACAUCAGGUUUCACUCGCUAAGAAGAAAAAUCUGAGGUGAGAAAGUGAACAGUUAAAGAGUAGAAAAAUAUGGACUGGUCUUUUUCUUUUGUUCAGUAGAAUCUUUUGAAUGAUCUGUGUUCAUAAAGGCAGAGCAACAUGGACAAACGUUUGUGGACAGCUGACCAGACCAUCCCAUUCUCCCUUUGCUGUUAAAAUAACCUCCACGCCACUGUGAAGGCACUAGAUGUUAGCGCGUGUCUGUGAGGAUUUGUGAUUGUUCAGCUACAAGAGCAUCAGCGAGAUCAGACACUGAUGUUGUAAGAGUGAGGAGGUCUGGGGUUAAGUUCGUCCUGAAAGAGUUCAGUGGGAUUGAGGUCAGAGUGCAGGACAAUCGAGUUCUUCAACUGGCAAACCAUAUCUUCAGGGAGCUCGCUUUGUGCACAGGAACGCCGUCAUACUGGGACGGGUUUGAGCCUCUUGGUUCCAAUAAAGGCAAACUGUAAUGCUACUGCACACACAGACAUUCUAGAUAACUUUGUGGUAACAGUUUGGAGAGUGUGUGAAGGUCAGAUAUCAAGAAGUAUAGCACAGAAAUCAGUUCACUGAAAUCAUCUUUAUUGCUAAACUGCUAAAUUACUGAGGGAUUCUUUGGGUAAUCUAAUCUACACUGAUCAGGCAUAACAUUAUGACAAUGUGCCUAAUAUUGUAUCGGUCCCCCUUUUGCUGCCAGAACAGCCCUGACCUAUCGAGGCAUGGACUCCACUAAAUCCCUGAAGGUAUCUGGCACCAAGAUGUUAGCAGCAGAUCCUUUAAGUCCUGUAAGUUGUGAGGAGGGGCCUCCAUGGAUCGGACUUGUUUGUCCAGUACAUCCCAUAGAUGCUGGAUUGGAUUGAGAUCUGGGGAAUUUAGAGGCCAAGUCAACACCUCAAACUGGAAACCUUAAGAGGAAUCAGGCUCAGAAGGGAACCUCAUCCUCAUUUGGGUUGGGUUACUAUUCACUGGACAGUAAAUAAUGUAAAUGUUGGUGUUCUUUUUUCAACUGACAGGUCAGCGUAGUUUAGGGGCAGUGGUAGCUCAAGACAUUAAGGCUCGGGGUUGUUGAUCAGAACUGCCAAGCUGCCACUGUGGGGAGGAACUUAACUGGCCUGCACAAAGUACUGACCUCAACCCAAUAGAAUACCUUUAGGGUGAAUUAGAGUGGACCUUCUCGUCCAACAUCAUUGCCUGACCUCACAAAUGCGCUUCUAGAGGAAUGGUCAAAAAUUCCCAUAAACACACUCCUAAACCUUGCGGAAAGCUUUCCCAGAAGAGUUGAAGCUGUUAUAGCUGCAAAGGGUGGGACAACUCCAUUUACCCUUAAACCCUAUGGAUUGAGAAUAGGAUGUCAUUAAAUUUCAUGUGCAUGUAAAGGCAGAUAUCCCAAAACUCUUGGCAAUAUAGUGUACAUAGCUGCCCCUGUGCUCUGACCCCCAACUUCCUCAGCUGGGAUAUGCAUGUUGUAUGUGUGGCGAUAAUAAAGGCUUCUGAGUUGAUUAUUGA